CUUGAUGCAAAGAAGCUUGCUAAUGUAAGAAGAGUCAUUGUCAAAUUAUCAAGAACAAGGCUUACUGAUGUCGAGCUGGAUGAGAUCAAGGCAAGGGUCACGCAGACUGACGCAAAGGGCCCUAGUGAAGAACUACCAGAGGCACAUAAAGAACAAGCCCAAAACGUCACUACCAUCACAGAAGGAGGUGAACCUACAGCUAGCCAGCAAAAUACAAACAGCAUAAGUGUAGACGAGAAAGUGUAACAGAUGAAAGCUGACAUACUGACAAAAUGGAAAAACUGUGAAAAACCAACCUACUGCCUCAAUGCUUAGCCUCCCACAGGUAAGAACAGAUCUCCAUGUACGUGAAGGCAGCAAUUAACACUGCAAACGAGGAUCAAAAUUACGGAAAUCAAAAAAAAAGAUAGCAAGCCAUUUACACUAACUGAAAUCAACCAGAUUACCUAUGUGACUGCUUAGAUCAUCACAGAGCGUCAAAUUGGCCUGAGACCAGUGAGGGAACCACCCGAUAAAAGAAAGCGCCCUUAUGGAAAGCAUGAAUGGAGAACAACAUCAGAAAAAAACGAAGUGAUUUAUCUAUCCUGGUGGAGAUGGAAAAGGGCGGCAAGAUCAAGGAAAGAAAAGAAAAGCAAAUGCUGAAACGUUAUAAAGAACCCGGCAGACUUGGCAACCGCAAAGGAAGUAUUUAAACAGCAAAUCCAAGCAAAGGCGCAAAGAAUCAGAAGAUUUGAGAAAAGAGCUAAAUUUUUUCGGCAGAAUAAAACCUUUAGGCAAGAUCAUGCCAAAAAAUUUUACCGUGAAUUGGGCAAGAAAAGGAUCCAUGUGACCGAACCACCUACUCUCGACGAGGUUGAAGAGUUCUGGGCUAACAUCAUGGGAAAACGACAAUAUUCAUAA